GUGUGUCGUUCGAGCUGCGCUCAGCGUGUGUGCGGGAGUUUGUAAACAAGACCAGACAAGUUUUAAAAACAACUUGUUUAUUGUGCAAAAUUCAAUAAGUGCAAUCUGUGCAAUCUGUGACUAUUAAUUCUACAUAAACGUUUGGAGUAGUGCGACAGAAGAUUAUAGUUUUCUUUUCAGAUGGCCAGCAAAUUCUACUACUUUGGCUUUGGGAGCAACAUGUUGGCCCAACGCAUACACAUACAGAAUCCCACAGCUAAGCGAAUAGGUGCGGGAAAAUUGGAUGACUACCGCCUGGACUUUUUUACCGAGUCAAAGAAUUGGUUGGGUGCCCCAGCCACCAUCGUGCCAACACCAGGUUCGCAUGUCUAUGGCGCGAUUUGGGAAAUAGAUAUGUGCAACCUGAAGGACCUUGAUAAUCAAGAGAGCGUACCUGAGGGCGUCUAUAUACCCAUCAGCGUGCCCGUUUUCUCACUGACAUGCAAAGAAAAUAUCGUUUGCCGUGCCUAUCAUUUAAGCGAGCAACCGCAAACGGAUUUACGGGGCCUUGGCAGUGGCCUGAUACCCUACGACCGACAACCCUCGCAAACCUACCUCAAGGUGCUGGUGAAGGGCGCUUUGGAGACCGGCGUUCCUGAUGAGUAUAUCAAAUGGCUGCGAUCCAUCAAGAAUAACGGCAAGAAGGUGGACACAUUUGAGAAAAAGCUGCAAUUGGCCGAAAUGACGCUCAGCUGAUUUCUCCAAAUCAACUGAACUUUUAAUUCCAAAUUAAUAUUUUAGAGACAUGUUCCAAGGAAAUAAAUAAUGCUGCGCAUUAAAUAUAUUUUAUAUAACAGACAA